AGGUCUUACCACCAGUGGAAGUCAAUCAUGAACAUUUGUUAUGUAUGUAUUUCAUUAGAAAAAUUGGUAUCCGCCAACGGGAUUCCAACACCAAUGCAUCGCAAAGUACGAAUGCACUGAACAUCUUAUCCUUUUGGCCACGAUGACUUAAAACUUCGACUUCAGUUUGGACCCUAUUCAUCUAUGCAGAAGAAGGCUUAUGUCCAGGAGAUAACUCACAUGGUUCAUAAGUUCCAUAAACUGGGUUAGAUUCUCAGUUAGACUACUAAAAAUCAUGAUAGUGUGGUAACAGACUUUCAACCUCAAAUCAAAACAUAUGAUAUAAUCUAGGUUCGAGCCCUAGAUGAAAUAUUUACAUGAGAUCUUGACGACUGUCUAUAGACAGGUGGAAAUUAUCGAAAUUAACAGUUAGGUGGUCUAAGGAAAAUGCUUUAUAAAUAAUAUAAAUAAAAUAAUAAUUGUAAAUUUUUUGGUAAUCUAACUGCCUUGGUUUGAGUCUCAAUUCGUUUUAUUGUUAUUUGAAACAAUAGACUUUGAUUAUGAUUGGUUUUUCAUCAAUAGUAUUAAUGAAUCCACUUUUAUUGCUUACGAAAAAUAGACAAGCCUAACUUGUGGUUACCACAUCCCAUUGACUUUGAAACUUGAAUGUCAAAACACACUUCUAUGUUUGAGACUAAUUCUCGUUAUUAUAAUUAGAAAGCUUGCUAUCAAACGUGCUAUAGAAGUAGCUUCAGGUAGUUUUUGUAAAAUUAUGUUUGAAUUGAUACUUAAUGAAGAGACAAUAUGGCCCCUGCCUAUGCAAUGCUAAGUCAGAUUCCCAUAAUCAAAACGGAAAAAUAUUUUGAUUGCUAUAUAUUUCUGGAAGUAGAGUUAAUAGCGCUGAUAUUUAGUGGUUACCGGUAUUAGUAGUUCAUAAACUAUGCAGAGUGAAUGCUGCCACCCAGCCCUAAGACUCUGAGUCGAAGUUUCAAUAUUGUUUGACAACUCUCUAACUUAUUGUGGCAUAAUUGGGCUUAUUGAUACUUACUCCUGCAGUCUCAUAAUAUUCUCCACCAGCAGGUAAGUUCGAAAGAAUUAUAGAAAUAUUGUAAUCUUUUCUUGAAAAGACAGUAAAUGUCCUACGCUAAAUAAACUUAUUAUCAAGACAUUGAAAAUUUUUCAGUUUGGUAUCUCCCAAAAAGAUAUUCGUGGAAAGCAUUUUAAAAGGUUAAUUUGGAAACUAAUUAAAAUCUAACUUAACGAAAUUAUUGUGAUAUAUAAAUAUAAUGUCGAAUAUAAUUAAAUUUUAUUCCUCAAAGUACACACAUUGUCUCAAGUUUUGGUGUCCUUUUCAUUUAUAUAUUUGAAACUUUUGAGUUUUAAAACAACCAUGGUGCCAUUUUUUUUAAACAUUUAACUUAAUGAAAAACAAAAGUAUUAGGUAUUAUUUUUAGUUUUUUUUUGUUGUUGUAAAAGACAUAAAAUUUGUAUCUGUUUUUUUUAUGAAUAAAGAAAACAAAACCUUUGUUUAUUUAUUACCCUAAUAAAGAAAUUCGGAACGCUUCGUCUAUUUAUUUACCUUUUUUCCCCGAUUACCCUCAAUCCUACCCAGCAAUCAAUUAUAUGACUGCAUUUUUGUCGCGAUUUGCAUAUGCUCUCUUAAGCCUUAAAAAAUAACAAUAUUUAUUCAUUAGGCCGUUAAGAAAGCAUUUGCGUCAUAAAUAAAAUUAGUUUAAAAACAAUACAGAAACCUGUGUUUUAUUCCCAAGGGCAAAGGUAUUAAUGAUCUGGUUAUACCCAACAGUUCCCGCGCAAUUUAUCCCAGGAAGAACGGGCGCCGGACUCCUGAUAUUAAACGGUUUCACUUUCUACAUGAAGAAUCACCAGGCGUACGGGAAGAAGCAGUGGUAUUGUUCGUCUAGGGACGUCCACGGGUGCCGCGCUGACGUCAUCACUUGCAAAGAUAUAUACUAUUUGCCGUCGCACCGGACCGGUAGCAUGGUGCUGAUUUACAAAGAGAACAAGUACUGGAUAAACAAUCGUUAUCAGAACACUAUAAAUUGGACGUGCAGAGAUCGCAAGAGGAUCGGCUGCACGAGCUGCGUGCAGACCACGAUCGAAGGACGUUACAUCAAGCACAAGGGGUUCCACAAUCACGACGACAAUUACACCAAAUACAAUUUCGAUAAAUGAUUGACGUAUUGAAAUUAAAAUUGCUCACGAUCAAUGUAUGUAUGUGUGUUUGCUAGUAACGUGGGUCGAUACAGCGGUUUUCAAAUGAAAUUGGACGAAUCAUGACCGAAAAAUAUUCAACACCCUGAGGGAUUCCGUAUAGAUUCCCUUCUUUAUUUCGCGUGAAAAUCGCGUUUUUGGAUCACUCCUAAUUAACACCACAAUAGAACCAAUAGGAGUUUUAUUGUUGCAGCGGCUUACACAGUUUUAAGUUAUACCAUAUAAUUCUUUUCGUCUUAUGUAUUUUUGGCGGUAAAAAAAAUCUCGUGUCACAGACUAUCUUCUUUUUUCCACCUCUCGUGCAUUCCGGCUUACGCAUCAUAGAAAAGGUUUAAACGCCACAACCCUUAAAAAUAUUGUUUAAAAUUUAUGGCAAUCAUUGACACUUCACUUUUAGUUUAUUUUUUCGUAUUAAAUCUAUAAAUUUCAUCGGUGUUAUAUCAAUUACGAAAACUCGCUUGUACUGCACGCGUCACUAUCCCAUUGAGUUUCUCGCCUGAUCUUCUCAGUGGGUCGCGUUUCCGACCCGGUGGUAGAUUCUGCGAACCACGGCUCUUGCUUGGGUUCGUGUUAGCAACAUUGUCAGGUUUGAGCCCCGUGAGCUCACCUACUAACUCGGCGAAGCUGACAUGGUCUCUCUCUCAUCAGCUUAGGUAUAAAAAAGCGGUAGGUAAUCAAGUUACUUAUGGGCUGUGUGCUACCUAAAAAUAACGCGCAAUUUAAAGGAUACAACAGCCGGUGAUGUAAACUUAAUAAGGAUGUCAAGAUGCCCAAAUUGGAAGUUAGUGCUUCUAAAAAAACCUGUGUGAUAUGUUUUUUUUUUAUAUGUUUCGUUGGAAUCGUAUCGGCUGCCUGUAAAAAAAGUGUUUUAAGUUUAAAAAAUGUUAAUAGCUAGUAAAUAUCAUUGGUCAACGUUUUAAAAUUAUCUGUUGAUAAGGCUCUUCGAAUAGAUCAUACUACCAAAUUAGGGUUCUGUAUAAGGAAUUUCGUGUUAGGAAAACGGAAUGCGCGCUUAAAUAAAGAAAUCGGCUUGGGCCUAUGUUCGUAAAUUUUACAAACGAGAGCGCAAAUAAAAUCUAAAUUUAUAUUUCUGGCAUGGAAACCUGGUUAGGACGAAACAGUUUAAGCAGAUAGACGAAGACCAGGUCAGUAUGUAACACGUAUGUUUGGAGCUCAAAGUAUUUUGGCCAAAUUGUUUUAACGAUUGAAAGAUCUACUGUCUGUCAAAACUUUCGCCGCUAUCAUUAGAGACGCUAUUUAAGGGUUUCUAAAACACGAUGUUCUUUAGUACUGAUUUUUUUUUUAUUGCCCUUGUAGGCAGACGAGCAUACGGCCCACCUGAUGGUGAGCGGUCACCGUCGCCCAUGGACUUCAGCAAUGCCAGGAGCAGAGCCAAGCCGCUGCCUACCGAAUUCAGCAGAAAGGCGAGCCGUACAUUACUUACGGGAGAAACAGUGUGGCAAUCGUGUCAAUGAAUAUGUAUAAUGACUUGUGAAUAGUCUCACGCAGAUAAACCGCUUAGCUUAACGACCUUGAAAGCUCUAACACAAUUAACAAUAAAAAAGAAUCAUCUACCCAUGAAAGCAGGUGAACUUAAAAUCGACUUGGAUUUCGUGCAGGGUCAUUAUUUCUGCAUAUUAUAAACAAUUUGCAGAGAUUAGUUGAUGAUUUUUGCGGCUACCCGCUAGUGUGGUUAUUAUUAGUGAUGAAAUAAUUUUUUCUUAGCUUUACGGCUACGGACAACAUAAUAUCUUACGAUUGUUUUUUAAAAUAAAUAUCGGCAAAUAUUAUGGAUAGUAGAUAUUAUUUAUUACAUUAAAUAAAAUGUUUCUUUUGUUAUAUCAAUUAAUACUAAGGACUUUUAAAAUUUAAUUCAGAAAUCGUAAAAUUUCGAUCAUCAAUCUGUUCCUUUUUUUUAGUCAUAAAAAUCGCAAUUAUAAUCGACGAUAACGGAUCAAUCUUAACUAGAUAUUAUUUCAAAUACCCCACUUUCCUGUUUGCUCUUUUGACCAUCUCUUUGAAUGGGUUUAAGUCGACAUAAUAACAGUUUAUUUAUUUUGUAAGUGUGUGGAUGUAGUAAGAAAUGCAGUAGCUAUUACAUUAUAAAAGAACUGCUUGCAGUUGGAAUACCCUUAGGGAUAUUGUUAAUAGUAAGCGAGACUUGAAUUUCGAAUCUAUUCCAGUUUAAUAAAGUAAUUAAUACCGAAUCAACGGCAUUAUUAAGUCAAUAAUAUGUACUGUAAUUUUCAUUAUACAAUCAAAUAUGUAAUUGAUACGUUUAGUAAGUAUUCUUAUAAUGAUACUGUUGAUAAACGAACUGCAAUUGAAAUUUCGUGAUCUCCUCAAUAUUCCAGUUUAGAUUUUUAGUGGUUUUAUAUGUUUUGUAAUUAGUAGUAAUAAGGUAGGAGUAGUAUAGUAGAAAUGCUGAGGUAUUUAAAUCCUAUAAUCCCCGUACUAGUUAUAUUAAAAAAUUAAAUAUAGUUUGUCUGAUCGAGUGAAUUGUAAAUUGUCUGCCUGAGGGCUGUUCCCGAUAAUAAAGACCAGCAAUCGAAAGUUUAUUAAACCAGUCUUUGUAUUGUACGCAAUGUAACAUGCGCAAAAAUGAACCGGCACUGAGGGCGUCCAACACGUGCCUUAGACUUACAUUGCUGGUUUGCGGUCAGGCUGCGUGCUAAGUUUACGGAUUACCUUACAUCGCUCAUACCUUGGCUUCGAGUAUCAACUCGUUAUGAGAUGGUAAUAGCGUUCCUUGAACGGUGUGAUUUUUUAAUUUAAGCGCCAUCUAGAAUCGAGCGACGAAACUUCGAAGUAGCUCGUUAAUAAUGCAUUCGAGCGAUAGAUGGCGUUGAUUAUGCUAAAUUAUGUGUAUGUACCUAAGGUUGUCUGGAUCCUUCAUUAACUAUUAAGGUAUAAUUAUACAUAUAAAUUAAAACAUUUGAAUUUCGUUUGUUUUGUAGUGCUGAAUAAUUGGACUUUCCAGAAUUUUCGAAUUUCCUAGUCAGUGCAUUGUUUUUAUAGAAAAGUAUGUGCCAAACUCUUCAAUUUAUAAUUUUAUUAUAGUGUAAUAAAAUCGGAUACGUAAAAUUCU